AUGGCGGAUGCAAUAGCAACAGGAGUAGCGGUAGAGGCUGCCAAAGUCGCGGCAAAGUUGGUGACUGCUCGGGUGUUGGAUGAGAUAAAACUUGCUUGUGGUUUCCAAGAUCAACUUGUAAAGCUCCAAGACAAAUUAUCUGACAUACAGGCAUUACUGGAGGAUUUGGGAAGUGCCAAGUAUAUAGAGAAGAGCAAAUUUGUGAAUCUUUGGCCCAAAAAAUUCACUGAUCUUGCCUACUCUGCUGAUGAACUCAUGGAUGACUAUGAAUACGAGUUACUUCGUAGGAAAAUCGAGCUGAAGAACAACCAUCCAUCGUUCAAGAAAAAGUGUAGCAACUAUUUUAGUCUUGUUACUAACCCUGCUGUCUUCCGUGUUCGGAUGAGUCAUCGGGUUCCUCGGGCAGGCGGGCAGCUAGCCAGAGAAGCAGUAGCAUCGACUAAUGUUGGCUACUAUGUUGAUAAUGAAUCAUUGCAUCAAAAUCGGAAGUAUGCUGUCGUGAGAGGUUCAGAGUUCAUUGGGAGGAAGUCUGAUGAGGAGAAGUUACUGCAAAUCAUUGGCAAGGAUGUUGAUCGUCUUUCCACUGUUGCCAUUGUUGGAAUUGGAGGAGUUGGCAAGACAACUAUAGCUCGGAGGCUCUAUGAACACGAUGGCCAUUUUGACAAGAAAAUUUGGAUUUGUGUGUCCGAGGAUUUCAAAGUUGACAGACUUUUGAAUGAGAUGGUUGAACAUCUUACAUCAUCCAAAUGUGACUUGACAAACACAGGCGCACUAACAAAUAAUCUUGAACAGCAAUUAAAAGGGAAGAAAUUCUUUCUGGUGCUUGAUGAUGUUUGGGAAAACAAUCAAGAAUCAUGGGAUUCCUUCAGAAAUGCAUUGCUGAGCAUUGGCGAUCUACGCGGAUGCGUAAUUUUGAUUACCACCCGUAGCAUUGAUGUUGCAGAGAAAGCACGUGCCUUCUACCAGCAUAAAUUGCCAGGUUUAUCUGAAGACGAAGGAUGGGCUCUGUUACAACAGAGAGUUUUUAGUGAGACACGUCCAUAUGAUUCUUCUUUCAAUAAUGUUGGGAGAAGAAUUGUUAACAAGUGUAAGGGUGUUCCUUUGGCCAUAAAAGCAAUAGGUGGCACAUUGCAGUCAAAGAAGCACCCAUAUGAAUGGGAAUUGAUAGAGAAUAGUGAACUAUGGAACUGCCAACCAGGAGAUAUAAUCGAUAUCCUGCCAUCAUUAAUGUUGAGCUACAACCAUUUGAACCAUGUUUAUGUAAAGCAAUGCUUUGCGUACUGCGCAAUCUUUCCUAAGGAUUAUGAAAUGGAGAAGCAUCAAUUAAUUACCCUGUGGUUGGCACAAGGAUUUCUACCUGGUGAAUUUGCAACCAGCAGCUCCACUCUGACAAUGGAAAUGAUUGGUGAGAAUUAUUUUAAUAUAUUGCUGAAUUAUUCCUUCUUAGAAGAGGUGAAAAAUUCUUAUGGUCGAAUAGUGUACAAGAUGCAUGAUUUAGUGCAUGAUCUUGCAGCCUAUGUUUCUAAGAAGUAUUUGUUGGUAUGGAAGGAUAGAAUCAAACUGGAAGAUGAUGUCUCCCAUGUUCGACAUUUGGUUUUCGAUUUAUCAAAGAACGAAACACCUUCUGAAACUUCUACUCGUAGGUUGUUGACGAGAAAACUAAGAACGAUAAGUUUCCGGGAUAAUGUUUGGAUCAACUCCACCUUAGGCGGUGCACGAUACAUACGAACAUUAAUCAUAUUUGACACUCGGCUAUCAAAGGUUCCAUAUAUUAUUGGGCAGUUUGUUCAUCUAAGAUAUCUUGACCUAUCUCAUAGUAACAUUUGUAAACUACCAGAGUCAAUCUGCAAAUUUUAUCAACUACAAACACUGAGAAUCAUGGGUUCUGGUCUGAUGUACUUGCCCAGAGGAUUGUAUAGGCUUGAAAACUUACGACACAUUGAGGCAAGUAGGUUCUUGUCGGCAUCAGGAGGACUACGACAACUAACUAACCUUCAGACUUUACCUCCCCUUGAGUUGCGUGAUGGUGAAGGAUGGAGCAUUGAUGAAUUAGGACCUUUAGAUCAAGUUAAGGGUCAGGUGAAUAUCAAAGGUCUUGAACAUGUGAAAAACAAAGAAGCAGCAAGACAAGCUGGGCUUGGGAGGAAGGACAAGAUUGUGACACUUCAUUUGGGGUGGAAUCCAUAUAGAGAAGCCUCUCAUCAAGUCAUUAAUGAUGAGGAUGUUUUGGAAAGCCUCGAACCUCACCCUAACUUACAAUCAUUAUCUGUAGAUGGAUUCAUGGGUGUGAGCUUUCCUUCGUGGAUGAUGGCAAUGGUUGUAAAACACGGAGGUCAUUCGACACCACUUACGAAUCUGAAAGAGGUGACGCUAACAGAUUGCAGGAAAAGCCAACAGCUUCCCACACUUGGGCAACUACCAUUUCUGAGGAUAUUGCGGCUGGAAGGUUUCAACGAUGUAGAAUGUAUAGGGGAGGCGUUUUAUGAUGUGAGUGGGACUGCAGGUGAAAAGGUAUUAUUUCAAUCUCUAAGCGAGCUUCACAUUCUUUCUUUUGAAAGGCUGAUCACAUGGAUGCCACCCUCGCCGCCGAUACAAGUGGAAAUAUUAUUUCCUAAAAUUGAAAAACUUAAUAUAGAAGAUUGCCCAAAACUGAAAAGGAUAACUUGUUUACAGUUUCAAUCUCUUAAGUGUCUGACGCUUAGGAAUGUUGAUGGCACUCAACCGUUGGAUAUCAUCAAAUAUAGCCCUGCUCUCCAAUCGCUCCAUGCGUGGAAAAUGGAAAAAAUGAUGACCCUACCUCAAGAGCUGUCAAACUGUACAAAGUUGGAGGAAUUGAAAGUAUUUGAUUGUGAGAAGUUGAAGUGUAUACCAAGUGGGCUGACGUCUCUUAAGGAUUUAACGAUAAGUAAUUGUCGAUCCCUGGCUUGUAUUCCAGAUGGCCUCUUUUCUCUAUGUAAUUUAAAUGUAUCGGAUUGUGAAGGGUUAGAAAGGAUGCCAAAAAGUCUGGAGGAGUCCACACCUUUGGUGUCCAUAAUAAUAAAGGACUGCCCAUUGAUAAAGGGUCCGAUCCCAGAUUUGGGCAGAUUGCAAAAACUUGAAAAUUUGAGAUUGGUAUAUUCAGGGGAGUUGAUGGCUUGUUGCCUGCAGUGGAUCCCAAAUCUUCAUCGCCUCGAGAGAUUACAAAUUGGUGGGUAUAGUAGAGAAGAAUGGGACUUCAACCUUACAUUUCCCCAAUCCUUAAGAGGACUAACAUUGAGUUAUUUCGCAAAAGUCAAGUCUUUGUCUCAGCAACUCCUCCCUUCAACCCUUCAAUCUCUGGUAAUUGAGAGAUUUGAUGAGUUGGAACAACUUCCAGAGUGGAUAGGCAACCUGUCAUCUCUGAGGACAUUGUGUUUAGAUAAUUGCAACAAGUUGAAAUAUCUACCUUCAAAACAGGUCAUGUUAUGCCUCACCGAGUUAGAAUGGCUUUAUAUUUUUCGCUGCCCACUUUUGAAAAGAGGAUGCGGCAAAGACGUUGGACCUGAAUGGCAUAAAAUCUCACACAUUCAAAAAAUCAUGAUCAAGUGGUAAAUGCUGCCUUGGCCAAAGCCUCAAUUUCAAAAAUAUUGCCUUUUCAAGUCAAUACUUUUAAUUCUCGUACUGUACUAUUGUUAUUCAUAAUUUCUUUAUCUCAUCUACUUUUUUCUCACAAUAAAAUUUCCUAAACUUUUCUUACCAACUAUACAAUAAAUGGACUUUUUCCCAAACUAAGUCUAAUUGGCAAAUUAAUUCGCAAACUAGACUCGUGGCAAGAGUAUUUCCCAAACCAAGCGUUUUAUACCCAGAAUUUUUUUUAAAAAAAUAAAAUUGAAGGUGUAAAACGCUGUCUGCGACUAGCCACACCAUCAAAAUAUAAAGGAGUUAUAGGAUAUUUAUUAAACGGCUAUUUCACCAAAUGCCACUGAGCAAUUACGAAAUUCACCAAACGCCAUCCGGCUUUUCAAAAUUCACCAAAUGCCACCAAGUUUUAACAAAAUUCACCGAGUGUCAUUAAUGACUGACAGCCGUUAGUUGACCGUUAGUGGACCCCACCACUUGCCACUGUCACUUUCUGAUUGGUUCGUUUUUAAAAAAAAAAUUAAAAAAAAAUUACAAAAACAAAAACUAAAAAAUGAAAAAAAAAAGAAAGGAACUCAUAGGUGCCGUUUUUGUUGUUGAAGAUUUGAAGGAGCGGAGAAGAAUACGACGGCGAAGAGUGACGAUAGUGGUGGAGUCGUGGAGAGCAGGUGAAGCAUGAGGGUGACAGUGGGUCAUGAGAACCUCGAAGCGGCUCCGGUGAGGAUGACGGUGACUGGGAAAGUCGCGGCUGCUCAAAAACGGCUCAAAAUCGCAGCCCUCAUAGAAGAUGAAGAAGAAUGAAGGAGGAGAGAGAAGCUAAGGUAGGUGAGAGAGGAGGAGAUUUCGAGGAAGGAGAAAAAAAGAAGAUAUUUCGGUUUUUUUUAAGAGCAUUCGCACCGGUUCGAACCGAACCGAUGCGAAAAACUCAUUUUUUCCCACCGAUUUGGUUCAAACCGGUGCGAAAAGUAUUUUCCCCAAUCCCGC